UUUUUAUAUGCUUGUUUAUGUUUUCUGCAGAAAAACAAAACAACCACCAAAAUGUCAUCUUUCAAAAAAAAAAGGCACACGCUUUCCUCUCCUCCUUUAAUGGUUUAGGUUUGCUUUUCUCUCUCUCUCUCUCUCUCUCUCUCUUCUUGAACACACUCUUGUGCUUGGUAGGUUGUGCCGUUGAAGUGAUGGGCCCAAAACUCCACUGAAGAUUUAAUGGUGAGAGGGGUCUCUAUCCAUCUUUCAGUGCUCUCUCUCUUUGCCCCCAUUUUCCUACUGUCUCGCAUUUGGGUUUUUUUUUUUUUUUUCUUUUCUCUUUGAAAAAAUAAGAUCUUGGGGUUUUAUAUUCUCUGUCUGAAGGCUAUGGGAGCUGACUUCCCGAGGCUUUGGCACAUGCUUUUCUGAUUUUUGGACAUGGGUUUUGGAGAUAAUGUGGUAAUGAUGUUGAGUUUGUGUGUUUUGUUGGUCAACUUUGGUUGACUUUGGUUUAUGGGGUUUGCUUCUUCAAUGCGUUCAGCUUCUGAUUCUCUCCUUUGGUUGGGUUUUGAGCUGUCUGCGACUUCUAUUGAGCUUUGCGUUUGAUUCUGGAGGUGGGUUUUGGAGGAUUCAGAGGUUAACUUUACUGGAUAAUUAAAGAGUGGAUUUUAUGUUCUUGUCUUGAAGGUAGAGUUUGGAGCUUGGACCUGAAAAGUGAUAGUUGGGUUUUGUGUUGAGUUAUGCAUUUGGUACGUCUGUGUCUUAAGUUUAUGAUGAUUGAGAGAUAGGUACUUGAUUUUGGAGGUGGGGUUCUGAUAAAUCUGGUGUUGGCAAGUCCUUCAAAGAGGAGAAAUGGACAGAAUGAUUCAACCUCCUUUGGUUGAUACAACAGCAUGUCUAUGUAGAGUAGAUGCAGGCCUCAAAACUGUUGCAGGAGCAAAAAAAUAUGUUCCAGGGUCAAAGCUCUGUCUUCAGCCUGACAUUAAACCAUCCAUUCAUCCAACAAGGAGCAAGCCAUCACGCGGUGACAGGAGCCGAAACCAAUCCCCUCUGCUUCCAGGACUACCUGAUGAUCUUGCUAUUGCCUGCCUAAUUCGGGUCCCAAGGGUUGAGCAUCGCAAACUCAGGCUGGUCUGCAAAAGAUGGUAUCGUCUUUUGGCAGGAAACUUCUUUUACUCACUCCGCAAGAGCCUUGGAAUUGCAGAAGAAUGGAUAUAUGUCAUUAAGAGAGACCGAGAUGGGAAAAUAUCAUGGCAUGCCUUUGAUCCUAUAUACCAGCUUUGGCAGCCCCUCCCUCCUGUGCCUAAGGAAUAUUCUGAAGCCCUUGGGUUUGGUUGUGCUGUUCUAAGCGGCUGUCACCUCUAUUUGUUUGGUGGCAAAGACCCACUAAAGGGAUCAAUGAGACGAGUUAUUUUUUAUAGUGCCAGGACAAAUAAAUGGCACCGUGCCCCGGAUAUGCUUCGUCGGCGACAUUUCUUUGGCUCAUGUGUCAUAAACAAUUGCUUGUAUGUAGCAGGUGGAGAGAAUGAGGGUGUGCACCGGUCCUUGAGAUCAGCUGAAGUCUAUGACCCUAACAAGAAUCGGUGGUCCUUUAUUGCGGAUAUGAGCACUGCAAUGUUGCCCUUUAUUGGGGUUGUCUAUGAGGGCAAGUGGUUUUUGAAGGGGCUUGGUUCUCAUAGACAGGUUCUAAGUGAGGUAUACCAACCAGAAACUGACAGCUGGGACUCUGUUUAUGAUGGAAUGGUUACAGGCUGGAGGAACCCAAGUACUUCCCUUAACGGGCACCUUUAUGCUUUGGACUGUAAGGAUGGCUGCAAACUUAGGGUCUAUGAUGAAGAAACUGAUUCCUGGAGCAAGCAUAUUGACAGUAAAAUGCAUUUGGGGAAUUCUAGGGCUUUGGAGGCAGCUGCUCUUCUUCCCCUUAAUGGAAAAUUGUGUAUCAUAAGAAAUAAUAUGAGCAUUUCUCUGGUUGAUGUUUCAAAAACAGAAGAUGCAAGGGGGCCGACAGCUGAACAUUUAUGGGAAACUAUAGCAGGGAAAGGACAGUUCAAAACUAUGGUCACAAAUCUCUUGUCCAGCCUUGCGGGCAGGAGCCGCCUGAAAAGUCACAUUGUGCACUGCCAGGUUCUUCAAGCUUAGGGCUGUAUAUCAGAACCACAGGUGCUCUGAACUUUUUGAUGUCUCUAUGUAUUUUAUGGGCUAUAACGUGCACAGAAAGCUAAAACCUUGCCUAAUUCGUUGUUGUUGAUGCACAUAGAUCUGUUGUUGUAGGUUCAUAUUGAAAGUAGAAAUCAUGUUUACCAUGAGGGGUUCUAGAUGGA